AUGGCGACAAGUGAAGAAAACGAAACACUUUUUUUCUCUUCACCCGAAGCUAACAGUCCUGGAACCGGUAUAGUGAGAAAACAAGUUCUGCAGACCACCGAAGCGAAACGCAUCAUUAUCGAAGCAAUGAUCGGACAAAGCGCCAAUAACCAUUAUUCGCCAAGGCCUACCGUGUGGCCAAACGGAUUGAAUUCUGAUGUCUUGUAUGCCACGGAGAGCUCGAAUGAUAAUCCACCCGUCCUUGUUCAAAUUCAGUAUGCUGUAAACAACGACUUCCUUCACCGUGUUGUAGGAUAUUGCAAGGAAAUUUUCGCUGAAUAUGGUGCAUCACCUGUUGUCCUUGUAAUAGCCAUCCAUGAAUGCAGCCGCCAGAUCCUGAACAAAGCCAGCAAGAUCAAGUCAAAGCCCUUUUUUUUCAAGUUACCCUGCUAUCCAUGGGCAAACCAAUGCUUCAUUCUAAGCAAAGAAUCAAUUUCUUCCCAUAUCGAUAAAACACCGUUGGAUCCGGUUGUCGCUCUUGGUUCCUUCUUUGUGGAACAGAAGCAAACGUUGGCCGAACACACUCAUCAUGACGAUCCAACCAUCCAACAGCUAUACUGCAUCACAAGACGCAUUGUCCAGAACCAGAUUAAGCAAAAAUCAAGGAUAAGUCAUUUGUUACGUGUCGUCGAAGAUGCAGAAUCACGAUAUGACAAGGUCAUAAGGAUGCUUGACGACGAUGCCGAUGAUACCAAAACGAAAAAGCGAAGUAUCGAUUAUCUGGAGGAAGCGAUGAAUUUGUUAAGAACAUACAAGCGCCAAUACAUAUCAAGCCCAUCAUCAACCAUGUCGGGGUUUUCCACUUCAUCCGCCCGUCAUUCAAGGGACCCAUCGCUCGAACCGCCAUCAUCCACUAAUGACCAUGGCACUACGGACGAUAACACCACAAACUGGCAAUAUAUAGAAGAAUACAUGGAAGAAAUUGGGGGUGACAGAAUGAAUUGGGAAGCUUGCUAUAAGGAUGGCUGCCGCAAAGGUUAUUUCAAAACAUAUUCCACACCUGCUAGUCUUAAGAAUGCAUACAAUCGUUGGAAAAACAAGGACUAA